UAAGAUAAGUACGCAAAUGCUGGUCAUCCACGCGGGCAUAUUUAAAAUGAGCUAGGCCAGUCGAUGCCAUCUGUCAGUCGUCAUACGUCGAUGUGUGAGCUUCGUCUUCUCUAUUACCGCAAGCGCAAUGUUACCGGCGCUCCUGCUCAUAAUUGUGGCGACAGUCCAUGAUGCUACUGCCGUCGCGAGGAAUUACGAAAAAGCGCUAGCGAAAGAAGAUUUCGAGGAUAAAUUCAGUUUACUAGGUCCCAGGAGUUUUAUCAAGAACCACCAGACUGUCGCGAGUUUUUUCAAGGAUGAGGUAGGGCAGAACUACACUUGUGGUCGAGAUCUCGCUAUAUUGGACGAAGCGAUCACCAGGCGGGAAACAUGGGCCCUGAAAAUGUUGGACGCUUCGUCGAAAAUUCCCUCGGGUCUCCUGGAGGGCAACUUCAUCGAUCUGGGCAUGUUCGACGAGUGUAUGGGCGUCAAGGGUGAGGCACUAGGCGUCGAGAUUCGUGGUCGUCAUUGCAUGUAUUCAAUCGCCUCGACCAGCGGCAAUGAUUCUCACCUCAUAAACCCAACCCUUUCCAUCUGUAUGCCAAGUACUUGCAACGGCUCGGACAUCGUUUAUCUGUUCAAUAGCACGAUCAGCACGAUCGAUAGACUGAAGGAACUUGGAAUAACCGUUGUGUCGGCUACCUGUACCCCCGUUGAUAAGGAAAUCUGGGAUACCGAGUUCACUGUUUCUUUUUCGAUUCUCAUGGCGUUCAUCGGUCUACUGCUCUUCUGCACUCUCUGCGACGUGAUCCUUCGACAACGCGAUGCUGGCGAGUACAGGCACCCCGUGCUUUCCACCCUUGCCAAAUUUUCGCUGAUAAUAAGCGCCUCGUCGAUUCUCAGCACACGCGUGAGAGAAGGCAACCUGCCGGCUAUUCAUGGUAUCCGUUUUCUCUCCAUGGGCUGGGUGAUCCUGGGCCACGAAUACAUCUUGCAUUUUCAGGGCGUAAACGUCAAUAAUUUGAGUAUAUUGAACUGGAUUCAAUCUUGGAAAUCACUGUACAUUUUCAUUGCACAAUUCACGGUAGAUACAUUUUUUACGAUCAGUGGUUUUUUCAUGACAUAUCUAUUUUUAAAACAAAUGCCAAAAGAGAAGCGUUUCAACGUACCUAUGUAUUACUUGCAUAGAUAUUUUAGAUUGACACCUGCCAUAAUUGCUUUGACACUACUUACGGUUGUAUUUAUUCCCAAAAUGGGUUCUGGACCUCGUUGGGAUAUGCUAAUGAGCGUGUUUGGAGGAAGUUGUCGGAAAAAAUGGUGGCCAAACUUAUUAUACGUACAAAACUUUGUUCAAAAAGACAACUUGUGUUUGGGCCACUUAUGGUAUUUGGCUGUGGAUAUGCAGUUGUUUUGGAUAUCACCUAUAAUUUUAUAUCCUCUUUAUAGUAAACACAAAAUAGGCCUGGCUAUUUUAUUCGUUUUUUUCAUAGUCUCUAUAGCAGUUCCAGGGGCGAUUGUUGGAAUCAACCAAUACCCCGCCCUUUCUUUCAUUCAAAACAAGAAUUUACAACUUACCAAAGAUAUAUUCACGGAAGUUUACGAAAUGUCUUACAAUCGUGCUGGCCCGUGGCUCAUUGGAAUCUUGCUUGGAUUUGAAGUAGCGAAUAAUAAUCGAAGACUUGGGAAGUUAACUGUUUCGACCGGCUGGUUUGUUGCAAUCGGAUCCUUUGCAUUCUGCACUUUUGGCACUCGAAGUUUCAUGGAACCUUCGUAUGAGUACAAUGACGUCUGGGAAUCAGUUUUCACGGCUGUGUCUCGGCCAAUUUGGGCAGUUGGGGUUUGUUGGAUAAUCUACGCCUGUAUUCAUAAUUAUGCAGGGCCCGUAUUCAUUGUCUUAUCUUGGAAGUUUUUCGUACCUCUAAGCAGAAUAUCUUACUGCGUUUACCUCGUACAUUUUAUCAUUCAGCUAAUGCAUCUAUCGACACAAAGGACUCCUAAUUACUUUUCUGAUUACAACAUUUGGAAUGAUUUUUUCAGCAACUUGAUAAUAUCUAUAGUAGUUGGUUUCUUCUUUAGUUUGCUGUUUGAAUCACCUAUCAUGAUAUUAGAGAAGAUGUUAUUCAGGAGAAAGCGCGAAAAUGUCAAAGAAUCGCAAAGAAAUCUCGGAUCGGAAGAUUCUAAAGCCUAUCAAGCGUAAUGUCUACGACAUGUAGUAUUUAGUGCAUUUAAUCUUUUUUCACUCUAUCACCAUAAUUUUAUUGUUUAUGAUUCAAUAGUUUAAGUUUAAUUCAAGAAAUUAUAAUUGUAAUCAAAUGACUGAACAAUGUGCCGUGUUUAUAAUGCUUAUACUCAUAUUUCAUUUUGUUUGUAAAAUUGUAAAUAUUAGCGUGAUUCAAUUUAUGUGCUUGAGAGUGUACUUCUAUACGCUAAGAACUACUAUUAAUUAGUUAUAAGGACCAAUGGUAUAGACAUAAUAAAAGUGAGAACUGUAAAAUACUCUGAUUACACAGAGAAUAUCAGUGACUGCAUUUACACAAAUAUAUUUUCUAUAAAAA